AUGUACACACUACUUUUUCAAACAGUAAUAGUAUUAGUCUCGAUUCUAUCGAGUUCCGUAGCUCAAGCUGGAAACAUUCCAGCGGUUAUAGCAUUUGGAGAUUCAAUACUCGAUACGGGCAACAACAAUGACCUCAGGACUUUAACCAAAGUUAAUUUCUAUCCUUAUGGAAGAGAUUUUGUAACUCGACAAGCCACUGGAAGAUUUGGCAAUGGAAGAAUACCUACAGAUAUGAUUGCCGAAGGUUUGGGAGUAAAGAACAUUGUACCAGCUUAUCGUAGUCCAUUUCUUCAACCCAAUGAUAUCUUAACCGGUGUUAGUUUUGCUUCUGGUGGUUCUGGUUUAGAUCCAAUGACCGCAAGAGUUCAGGGAGUUAUCUGGAUACCAGACCAAUUGAACGACUUCAAAGCUUACAUAGCAAAGCUAAAUAGCAUCACUGGAGAUGAGGAGAAGACGAGAUCAAUCAUCUCCAAUGCAGUUUAUGUAAUUUCCGCUGGAAACAACGAUCUUGGCAUCACAUUUGUCUCCAAUCCAGCAAGAAACACUCGAUAUUCUAUCUUCUCCUACACCAACAUGAUGAUUUCAUGGACACAAUCAUUCAUGCAGGAGUUAUAUAAAUUGGGAGCAAGAAAAUUUGCGAUUAUGGGAACGUUGCCAUUGGGUUGCUUACCAGGAGCAAGCAAUAUUUUUGGAGGGAUAUGUCUAGAACCCGCAAACGCAAUGGCUAGACUCUUUAACCAGAAACUAGCAAACGAAGUAAACAAUCUGAACUCAACGCUCCCAGGCUCUCGUUCCAUAUACAUUGACAUGUAUAAUCCUCUUCUUGAACUCGUCAGGAACCCACUAAGAUCAGGAUUUACGUCGCCAUCUAGGCCUUGCUGUUGUUCUCCCGCGGCUCCGGUACCGUGCGUUGAUGCAUCUCGUCAUGUGUUUUGGGACAUUGCUCACCCAACGGAGAAAGCUUAUCAGACUAUUAUCCCUCCGAUCAUCCAACAGAUUCAACAAAGCUUAGCUUGA